CCGCCCAUGUUAGAUCAGCCAUGGAGUAGUGCAUCUCUUCCCCAGUCUAGACCAGAGAGGAGAAGUCCAGUAAGAAUAGAACAGCAGCUGGAUGGUAUCAGUUUUUGAAGGUAAAAGCAAUGAUUAAAGGGGCUCUUAUGGAGUUGUUAAAAAAAAAAAAAAAUCAUGGUUGUGAUGGUGUGUGCAGCCCCUCAAGGCUUUGAGUGCAAGCCAAGGCAGGCCAGGCCCCAUCAUGACAUCAUGGCCCAUUACUAUUACAUGCUGUGCCCAUCAUAUGGGCUAAGAGAAAAGGCGAAUGAUAAGAUAAAAAUGAAAUGAUGACAACCAUCAAUUUGAUGAGGAUAGUAUGAUUCACAUCAAAUGCUUUUAAAGCUGAGCCUUCAUAACCGACUUGGUUUGAAACAAAUUUUAGGGUGCUUUGUUGAAAAAGAAGAAUGAAAGAAGAGUAUUGUAUUUCUGCCCGUCUUUACAGUGUAUAGGAGCAGCCUUUAUAUAGUACUAGGAGGUUGAUGAAGUUUGGUAAGGCCGACUAAGUUUGGCACAGUCAAUCACAAAUCAAUCAAAGUAAAGUUUGAUAAAGCCGCCUAAGUUUGGCACAAUUAAUCUUUAUGGAGGCCAACUAUGUUUGGUACAAGUAAUCACAAAUUUAUUAAUGGUCCUACAAUGAUUCUAACAAUAUCCAUGGUUCCUGAUAGAUAGGAGCAUGACACUUUCUGAAUGGAAGAAACAAAAUCUUUACACCAACUAAUGCAUUCUAUAAAAUGCGGUAACUGAUAAGUUUAUUAUAAUUUGUUACUGAAACACUUAGAUACGACAAGGCAUUCGGAUGAACAAACCAGAUGGCUGUAGUUGUCAUCAUGGCCAUCAGCUAACUCAACAGCAAUUGAUUUAUAACAUUGAGGCCAUGCCAUAAGCCCAAAUAGCUGAAGCUGGGAUCGGUGCUUUAAUGGCUUUGGCAUUUUGUCCGUUAAAAUGCCCUGGCUGAAGUUGACCUGGGAGUAUUAACAAUUAAAUUCAAGUCCUUCUUCUUGAGUUAGAAGCCUGGGUUAUCUUAAUGUCGAUAUAGUUUAAGAUUGUGGCGUAUUUCUCUAGAUCUCGCCUGUCUGCCCUUAUAAAAUAUAGAGACCAAAGCCUAAACUAGAGAAAGUUUCCUUUCUAUAACUUUGUGGUUUUCAAGGCUCUGGUGUCGAGGCUUUAACCACCUCUUACUGGAAAAAUUAAAUGCGAGUUGGACUUGGAGGGAUGGAUGGGUAGGAGGUUCUCUGAGGAGGAAGGGGGGUCACAGAGACACAGAAAGGAGAGUGGCGGCGAGUUGAUACGAGAGGAGAAAUGAUGGGAAAAGGAGAGGAGGAGGAUGGGUUUUGGACUGUGGACUGCUUGAGGGGGAGACUGCUUGCAGAGAGAGUGGCUUCCAAGGCUGCCAAGGCUGAAGUUGAUCUCAUGGCCAAAAAGGUCUGCAAUUCUUGCUCCCCACUUCUGGCAGAGCUAGAAAGGCAGCUGGAUGUAGAGAUCAAGUGCAGGAACAGAGCUGAGAAAAGGCUCAAGUUUGCAUUGAAGAAGAUGGAAUCCCUGCAGCUCCGGGAUGUUCCAAGCCAGCUGAGUCUUUCUGAAAGUUCCACCAGCUCAUCCCCUGGAUGCUUCUUGGGUUUCCAGAGAUCCAAAGGGUCGAAGCCUGAUGAUCGGCGGCUGGAUUCUGGACAAUGUAGCACAAGGGGAGAGGUCGAGACAGCGCAGGAGGAUCUCGGCGGAGAUGUUUGUUCUGGCAAUUCUUCAGUUGAUUUGCCCCUUCAUCUGGUUUCACGAGAAGGGAGCUGGAGUUCGGUUGGCACCAUGCAUUCUGAUAGCAAGGGAGGAACUCAUCACAAAGACAGUGGAAAAUUAUAUAGCAAUCUUCGCCUUCAUGAAUUAAUUAUUGGUGAUAUAAGACUUGAUGCCUCUUAAAUCGCACAGAAGACUAGUUGUUUGGCGCAAUAAAAUAAAUCAUAGAAGCACAAGGUGACCUCAAGAGAAAAUGGUACAUUUGAUGCACAAGGAAAAAUGAGAUUAAGAUGGGGAAUCGUCUGCUGCUAGGGAAGAUUUCAGCUUAGUGAAGGACUCCAUGGCGCAGUGAAUCAGACUGAAUCUGUGGAGAAUUCACUAGCUUUGGUUCCAGUAAGCAUGUGGCCUACUUCAGGAGAUGGCAAAUCAUCGGCCAGUAACGAGGUGCAGAGAGUUCUUGCUUCCCUCAGACAUGUCAAGGAACAAUUGCAAAACUCGAUCAGGAGAAUUGCUGCUGAUAGCCUUCCCAUGGAGCUGCAUGGCCAGCGAGCCACAUGCUCAUUGGAGACUUUGCAGUGCCACAGGUACCAGUAGACAUGUAGAGAGGGAUGGAACACCAGAUAUUUGACAGUUCCAGAAAAGGUCUUGUUUUAUUCAGUGUGCUCUAUUUGUUGAUAUCAUGAAACAAUAUAACUUAUCACCAAACUUCUCAUGUUGCUCCAUGUUGUUUUGCGACUUAUAUAAAUUUCUUAAGAUUCAUAAU